UUCUUAAUCGCGAUUUGCCGCCUUAUCUCUCCUGGCCGGAGAUCACCGCAACCUCCGUUCACCUUAGAAUUAUACAAAUCGAAUUGCCUCCUUCUCUUUUACUAAGAUACAUAACCCAAAACCCUCAAAACUCACUCCUCCACGAAUUUUAAAAUAUUUGGAAUCCCUAGUUUCUUCCUUCUCAAAUUCGUAAAGUUACGCUCAUCUCCACGACAUAAAACCUAUAUAAAUGGAUAGAUCUUGAAUAGAUCUAUCAUUUGGCAUCGGUUUCAGUACGAACUACGGUCUAUGUGAAUCCGAGACCGAUGAUGGAGGAGAGCCAAAUGUAUAAAAAACUUCUUGUUAUCGCAGCGGUGGAUGUCAUUGCUGGAAAUGUUGACCUUUUAUCUGAAAUUCUACUUCGUCUGCCUACAAAAUCUCUCAUCAGGUUCAGUAUAGUAUGCAAGCUUUGGUGCUCAAUCAUUACCGGUAUGCAAUUUAGGCUUAGUCACUGUCGUUCUCUUGCAUUCUCUAAUGCUAUCUCCCCUUCCGGGAUCUACUUCUACAAUUGUCUAACCUACCAAAAAAUUAUAUCCCUUCCGCUUGCUGAUAAUGCAACUAGCCUCCCUCCUCUUCCACUCCUCGACCAAUUCAUCAAUUCAAGCAUAGGAGGUGAUACAGUUACUGAAUUCAAGGUUACACAGUCUUGCAAUGGCCUGUUAAUGUGCAUAUUCACUGCGAGUACUACUAGAAUUACUAUCAAAAAAGGUAUUGUUUACAAUCCUGCAAAUGGGGAAUGCUGUCUAUUGCCAACCUAUAAGAAGUGCGAUCAAUUUGUUUAUUAUAAUCUGAUAUCUGAUCCUUCAGAGCCACCUUAUUACAAAGUUUUAUGUGUUACUCGUAUGGGUUACGGGUAUUCUGAUAUCGAUGUGAGUGUUUAUGUGCCAAAGAGUUACUCAUGGAGAUCUUGUUGUCAUUUCUCUGCACCCAGAAUGGCCUUUGAUAGUGGAGUAUUUUGGAAUGGUGCAAUUUACUGGAUCAGUAAGUAUUCCUCCUUUUAUUUUGAUGUUAAAUCAGAGAAGGUUGCAGAGAUAAGUAUGCCACCAAGGCCUCAGGGAGGUUUUACCCAAAAGAUUAGGUAUUUCGGGGAAUGGGGUGGCCAUUUGCAUCUUAUUCAGGUUCAGAGCCGAUAUGCCAAGAAAUUCAAUGUGCUCGAAUUAGAUAAAGAUACCUGGAAGUGGUCAGUAAAGUAUCAUGUUCAUCUUGCUCAGUUAAUUUCAACAUUCCCUGAGAUGGUUCAGCAGACAUCAUAUGGCAUACAAUAUGCAUUUUCCAUUUUGUCUGUGAUUCGAGGAGAGAAGGAAGAAGAUUCAGUCCUACUGCUUACUAUUCCCGGGAAGGUGGUCGCCUACAACUUAGUGCUUAAAACUGCUAAAGUAGUCCGCGAGUUGCCUGGUGAAGUAGUUGAUACUGUAUUCUUUAAUCAAGUUUGUGCUUAUCAGUAUACUGAAAGUUUGGUUCCAGUUAGUGAGUGGACUGUUGGUCCAGAAAAGAGUUCUUAUCAGCAGCUUUCGAAGACUUCUGAAUUUCUUCUGGAGAAGGGUGAUCUCUUAGGCACUUCAAGUGAAUACUUCUUCAAAGAUGCUUGAAAAGUAGAAUCCUAGCUUGUGUAGUUUUGUGGGAAUUCAGUCAAAUAUUAGAGAACCUUUACUGAAAAAUGAUUUCGGUGUUUUAUCUAUACAAACUGAUUUUGUGUUCAACUCUUUGGUUAUUUAGUUUCAUUUAAUGUCUGAUUCUAUUA